AUGGCGACCAGUGCGCGUGGCGCGGAGCUGGCGGAAGCUACGGGAGUGGCUGUGGUGGAGAUGGUGGAGAAGGAGGCAGCAGCUGCGGAAGUGGCUGUGGCGGAGAAGGCGGAGCUGGCGGAAGCUACGGGAGUAACUGCGGUGGCGGAGAAGGCGAAGCUGGCAGCAGCUACGGAAGUGGCUGUGGCGGAGAUGGCGGAGAAGGCGAAGCUGGCAGCAGCUGCGGAAGUGGCUGUGGCGGAGAGGGCGGAGCUGGCAGCAGCUACGGAAGUGGCUGUGGCGGAGAUGGCGGAGAAGGCGAAGCUGGCAGCAGCCACAGAAGUGGCGGAGCUGGCGGAGAAGGUGAAGCUGGCAGCAGCUACAGAAGUGGCUGUGGCGGAGAUGGCGGAGAAGGCGAAGCCGGCAGCAGAUACGGAAGCUGUGGCGGAGAUGGCGGAGACGGAUCUGGCAGCAGCUUUAGAAAUGGCUGCGGCGGAGAGGUCGGAGCUGGCGGAAGCUAUGGGAGUGGCUGUGGCGGCGGAGAAGGAUCUGGCACCAGCUACGGAAGUGGCUGUAACGGAGAGCUUGCUGGCUGCGGCAGCGGCGGACGACCGUGCGACUCAGGCGCUUGGGGCGCGACCAGGAGGAUCCCGGACCAACACCAUUGCAGCCAAGAAGUCCAAAGCGAAGACCGCAGCGCAGCCCAAAGCGAAGCCCAAAGCGAAGCCCAAAGCAAUGCCGACGCCGUACGUGAUGAAGAGGCACAAGCGAAAGCAUUUCACUGCUUUCGCGAUCAAUCUGGACAAGCAGAUCAUGCAGGCGCAAAGCAACCAGAUCAACAACGCUGAAGCCCUCGUUGCAGAUCUUACUGCGAAGCUGAACAAUGAGGCGAUCGCUGUGCAGGAGGCAAUUUCCGAGCUCACAGCCGCCAAAGCGCGCGGGGGCUGA